ACCCGGCCAUCAAGGCUCUGAUGACGCCAGACCCGCAGAUCAAGUGGACGGUGCUGGUGCUGGUGCUGUCGCAGCUGCUGGCCUGCUGGCUGGUGCGCGGCCUCGCGUGGCGCUGGCUCUUUUUCUGGGCUUAUGUGUUUGGUGGCUGCGUGAAUCACUCUCUGACACUGGCCAUCCAUGACAUCUCACACAACACCGCCUUCGGCACACGCUACCCUGCCUACAACCGCUGGUUUGCCAUCUUUGCCAACCUGCCCAUCGGCCUGCCCUAUGCCACCUCCUUCAAGAAGUACCACGUGGACCACCACCGCUACCUGGGUGGAGACGGGCUGGACGUGGACGUGCCCACGCGGCUGGAGGGCUGGCUCUUCUGCACGCCGGCCCGCAAGCUGCUCUGGCUGGUGCUGCAGCCCUUCUUCUACUCUCUGCGGCCACUCUACGUGAACCCCAAGGCCGUGACCCGCAUGGAGAUCCUCAACGCCCUGGUGCAGAUGGCGGCGGAUGUCACCAUCUUUGUCCUCUGGGGGAUCAAGCCUGUGGUCUACCUCCUGGCGAGCUCCCUCCUGGGCCUGGGCCUGCACCCCAUCUCGGGCCACUUUGUGGCUGAGCAUUACAUGUUCCUGAAGGGCCAUGAGACCUACUCCUACUACGGGCCCCUGAACUGGAUCACCUUCAACGUGGGGUAUCACAUGGAGCACCACGACUUCCCCAGCAUCCCAGGCUGCAACCUGCCCCUGGUGCGGAAGAUUGCACCCGAGUACUACGACCACCUGCCGCAGCACCACUCGUGGGUGAAGGUACUCUGGGACUUUGUGUUUGAGGAUUCUCUGGGGCCCUACGCCAGGGUGAAGCGGGUGUGCAAGGUGGCGGAUGACCGCCUGUGAGCUGCUGCCCCUCUGCUGCAGCUCAGAGCUGGGCCCCUGCCCGCUGCGCCCAGAACUGGUUUGGCUGCGCUGGUUCCCGUCCCUAGGCUAUUGCUUUUGGUCCUGCCGAGCCCCAGGAGUUGCCAUCACAGCUUUGCCCAGCAAUGGCAGACAGGCCCGGCGUGGCGCAUCUGCGCAGACUCACCCGGGCUCUUCUGGGCCUCCCUGGGCAACGCCAGCCCUGCUUGGCUGUGGUCAGUGCUCUGUCCCCGUGAUGUCUGAGGCGCUGGCUUCUCUGGUGUUCUUGUGCCCCAGA